UCAGUUCAGUCAAAAUAGGUAGGUAGGGGUACUUACUACUACCUACUCUACCACGCCGCUUGUUUUCAUUCGUGUGAUGUGGUGAAAUAAUAAAUAAUUAUAAAUUCAUUAAGAUAAUAUAUUCACUGUAUCAGCGGAGAUGAGAAUUAUACAUUUUGAACGUGUAUGAUAUCGUGAAUCAUCGUUUAAAGUGUGACUAACCGCAUUCUUAUUAACACGGCAAAAUGAGUGGAGUCGAAAGUUGUAAAACUAUCGGAAUAUGGAUGUCGGAAAAGAAAAGCCAGAAAAUAAAUUGGAAGGAAUUAAUUCAUUCUUGUAAUAAUCACGGAUACAACGUUGUCAAGAUGGACCUUGAGAGACCCUUAGAGGAUCAGGGUCAGAUAGAUGUGUUUCUCCACAAGUUGACCGACAUCAUUGCCGCGGCCGAUCAAGGUGACGCCAAGGCAUCAGCUAUCAUCAACCGUGUGGAGCAGUACCUGUCGAAUCACCCAGACAUAUCGGUCAUUGAUCCCUUGGACAACGUCAGAAUAUUGCUCAACAGAUACUGCUACUACUCGAUACUGCAAAACGAGCCGUCAUUCCACAACCAGGGCAUAUUCACACCUACCUUCGCAGAGUUCACGACAAACAAUAUAGAACUAAACGCAGCGAUAAUGCGACAGAGAGGCGUUCAAUUCCCAGUCAUAUGCAAACCAACGAUCGCUCACGGAUCGAAAUCAGCACACGAGAUGGUUGUGAUUUUCAAUGAAAAGGGCCUUAGUGUGUGCAGACCACCGUGCGUGGUACAGAGUUUCGUUAACCAUAAUGCUGUGUUGCAUAAAGUAUUUUUAAUUGGAAAAAGAUAUCAUAUUUGCAAGCGACCGAGCCUUAAAAACUUCCACGCUUCCGAAGACCUGGAACCAAUAUUCUACAGCACUGGAGAGGUUUGCAAAGCCGACAGUCAAUCAACACUUUCAAUCUUAGACCCUCACGAUAAGGCUGAUAUUCGAAUGACACUCAACGAGGAAAAGAUCAAACAUGUUAUUAGGGUCCUUAGGAAAGAAAUAGGUUUAUUAUUAGCUGGUUUUGAUAUAGUCUUAGACAAUAAGACGGGUAACCAUGCAGUUAUAGAUAUAAAUGUGUAUCCAAGUUACGAUAAUUUCCCUAACUUUUUUGAGCAUCUGUUAGAUAGUAUAGACGAAACCGUUAGUAGGAAUAAGUAUAAUAAUGGAGAUUCUAGUCUUAGGUUAAAUGGGCUGAUCAAUGUUGCUUCAGCUUCUAAAGUAUGCACAGCAUUUGAGUGAUUAAAAGCUAGGGGAAAAAAUAUUUUAAUGGAUGGAUAGAGACGGUUGUCAUUGUUAAUAUUUAAAUUUAAUUUCUGUAUGUUUUGUUAUUCUGUUAUGUAUUCUAUUAUUUCCUUGCGCAUGAAAGACAUCAGGCACGCUUAAUAGUUUUCAAAAGUACAGUAUUUUAUCCCUUACGGGGUGGACAGAGCCGAGAGUUGCGAUACUUGAAUGCCACGUUUUGCUGUACUGCGGGCUUAUUGGUGGAAUUGAGACUAAACAGCUUUAGAUACCUAGCCUAUGAGAAGAAUCCAGUUUAGAUAUAGACUUUCCCUUGAUUGACUUUUACAAUAUGCGCGGGAGAAGUCGCUGGCUAUGUUUUUCUUUCGCUCUCAACAUAGAAGUAUUUUAAAGCUAAAAUAGUAUAUUUUUAAACGCUGAAUAUAGUCAGUUGUGAUUCCGAAUAUGUGAUUUCAAUAUUUUGAAGAAAAUGUAGAAAACCGAUUAGAAAUUACGUUCUAUUUCUAAUCUGUAUAAUUCUAUAUUUUCAAAUGAAGAAAAAAGUCGUGCUGGCGCGCAUUGUUGUUCUAAAAGGAUAUAUUUGUAAGUAUAUUUAUAUAUUAUAUACAUCCAGUGAAUAUUUACUAUAUGCAUUACGGUAAUUCUCAAUAUAAGGGGCACUUGACUUUUUAAAAUAUAGUAUCGAAUAAAAAAAAAAACAAUUAUAAUUAAACAAUAUUUUAAUAAUGAGUAAUUUAGUUGUUUUCCUAUUUUAUAAUCAGAAGUAUUCUAUAUUUAAAUUGCUGAUAAGUAUGCCGUAGCCAAUAGACCAAUGCAAUUAUUAUUAAUAAUAAUAGAUAUUAAUACUACAGAUAAAAUUUAUAGCGAAAAAAUAAUGCCAUAGGAAGUUAUGCUACACAAGAUAAAGAAAUUCACACAGUAAUAAAAUUGUUUAUCUAGUGGAAAAAUUAUUAACUUUUCCACUAUACAAAGUUUAGUCACGAUUUUCCUGACCACCGUAUACUUUUUUGUAAAUUAUUGCAACUAUGUCCAUUAGAUAACUACAUAUAAUGCUUUCAAAUAAAAUAAAUUAUUUAGUGUAUAAUAAUUUGGACCACUUUUUUAGUUUUCGCUAAUAAAUAAAAGAAAUUGAAGUGUGAUGGUGGCGCUAGUUGCGGUUGGCUCAGUCUUAACGUCAAAAGAUACGUCUACUCUGAAACCAUAACUGCACUUAAAUAAAUGCUAAAUGAUUUGUGAUAAAAAUUAUAUAUACUUACCUCUACACAUGUAAAAUAUUAUUUGUAUUGAAUAUGAAUAGUUAUUUAUUUUUAUAAAUAAAUUGUAAUCGUAGAUCGAAAAUGCUGUAGAUUCGCUACAUACAACAAGUCAUAAAGUAUUUUAUAAUCUAUAAUCAUUAAAAAGAAUAUAUCAUAGCAUUUAUUGUGGUUUUUGUUUAAUUUUAUGACUUGCGUGAAAGGAAAAUUAUUAUAUUUCCAUUUUGUUUUUUUUUGGUUUUGUCAGGCUUAGAGAGGGUUGCUCCAGUCUACAUUAAUUUAUACAGAGAAACACAACUAUGCUAUAUUUUUGAAAUGUCUGCGCGAAGGUUAAAGUCAACGUCUAAGUUGACUGGUGGAAUACAUCCUUAACGUUAUCAUAUUUUGUUAUAUUGUUGUAUGAGAACAUGUGAACUACAUAUAUGGCUAUAUGUCUGUACUAUAAAUAUUCUAUAAGUAUUAGCUGCAGUAAUUUAUGUGAUGUCCCACAGGUAAAAGUACUUUAUAGUCGAUUUUUAGUUAAGCAAAAUAUCUGUGAUCUGCUACUUAAAAACUAUUCAAAUCAAAAUAAAAAUACAUACAAAAAAACUAUCUUUAAGGUGCCUUUGCCUGUGGAAUGUCACAAAUUCGAUAUGUAAGUUUUUUUAAAACUUAUAUAGUAGGUAUAUGAUUUUAACAAUUUACUAAAAGCUUAAUCUGUGUACGGUUUGAUUAUAGAGGUACCAUUAGAUACUUUAAGGUUACUUACAACACUUCACAUUAUAGUAUAAAACAAAAUCGCUUCUCGCUGUCUGUCUGUAUAAUUUAUUAUGAUUUUACCUGAGCGAGGCUGGGACGGGCCGCUAGUUACAAUUAAUCCCACAAUUGGUCGCUGAAUUCAAAGUGGCAAAGAUGAUGAUAAAGCAAUAAAUAAUGUACACACAAAGGCUACAGUGUUAUGAAACUAAAUUUAAGGGAUUAAUUCGUCAUUGCCAAAGUAUUUUGCUGUAUACAGUAACAUAAAACAAUCUUGUUAUCUUUAUGGUAACCGUAUUACGAAUAAUAUAUAGUCCCAUAAAUCGUCAGGAUAUUUAAAGCUAAAACGGUACGGUUACCAUAUGUUAUCGUUAUGGUAAUCGUACCGUUUUAGCUUUACAUGUUUAGUUACAAAAAAUUACAUCAAGCGAAUAUUUUACAACCAAUCAUAUACUUCGGCCAAUCGCAGCGUUCGAAAUCCGUCCGCUAUUGGUUGCUUCCGAGCGGCGUCAUUCGGUAUUAUUUAUAUUAUGACUUAAACAGCAAUAAGUCAUUAUUUGAUUGAUUUCAUUCGAUUUGAGUCGGGCUAAAGAAUGAAUUAUUUUGUAUCAUCGAACAUUGCCGCGGUAACUUGGUAUUUGCGAUCUUUAUAUUAUUUUGUAAUAAAUAUUUCUGACGGAUAAAAUUAUUUACUCGUUUUCCUAUUGGCUCAGAAACUACUAUAUUAGGUUUUUAAAUUUCUAUAGAAAGUGAGAUUGUGAUUCAUCUUUAUAUUUUCUAAGACUGAAGAAAUAAGUAUUUGUGUUGUGCAGAUUUGAAUACAAGCUCGUACUCAAUGUAGUGUAGAUUAUUGAUAAGUAUUUUAGACUAGCCGUGGAAACUUAGGCCUUAUAUCUUCUUAUAGCCUUCCUUAUGAAUCUGUAAUAAAAAAGUAAUUCUCAUAUCAAAACUUAUAGUUCCAGAGAUUUUAUUUAAAUAUACAUUGAUUGUUGUUAAAUUAGUAUAGAUUAUCAUACUAAUUCGUUAAUUAUAGAAUAUUGAGUACGAGCUUGAACUAUAAAUAGGAAUAGGGAUGUAUGCAUAGGUGUAUAUUUAGUAUUUAUUAAUGCGCAUUUGUGCUGAAUUAUUCCGUGAUAUGCAAUUUAUUAUAAUUGUUAUAUGAUAACAGAUAGCUUUCAAUAUUCACAUAGAGAAAAAUAUGGUUUGUUUCAAAUUUUGUACGACUUUAUUAUUUCUAAGGCUGCCUUUACACUAGUAAGUUAUUACGUUAGUUUUAAUUACACGAGAAACUUGGCACGGGUAGAAAAUCUGCUCGCAGUUCAUAUAUAAACGUAAUAUAAAGAUAAAUGAAUAAAUAACAUAAUAACUUGUGUAAAGGUGGUCUACGCUCAACUACUUGACGUCUUUUGAUUGUUACAAAUUACAAAAUACAAAAUAUUGUAUAAAAAACAUGCAGGCAGCUACCCUAUUAAACCGGUGCAGUUUUCACCACUCCGUAUAAUAAACGUGCACCGCAAAGCAUUAGGUCUGCACCGACCUUUGAUUUUUAAAUUUAAGUUGUGAAGAAAUACUGUAUUUAUAUUUUCAUACGCAGCUUAGUAUAAGACUAUAUUUUAAUUAGAGGCACUUAACCCCUAAGUAAGUUGAAAAUAUAGGUUUUAUUUAACUUUUUGAUUGUUUGAAAUCAGCUUAUAUUAAAAUUAAAAUUAGGAAAUCUCAAUCCUACUAAUAUAAUAUAAAUGCGUAAGUUUAUGAGGAUGUACCUAUAUGUUUGUUAUUCUUUCGCGCAAAAUCUACUAGACGGAUUGUUAUAAAAUUUGGUACACGGGUAGAAUAUAACCUGACUUUAUCUUGAAAUUCCCACGGAAGCGGAGCCCCGGUGCGCAGCUAGUUCAUAAUAAUUCUGUUUAUACGUUAAACAGUCUUAAUUGUCCAGUGAAAAUAAAUUAAGGCACUGUGUUCUCUUGCUGACAAUCUUUGCACAUCAAAAUACUUAAUAUGUAGUAUAAAAAGUAAUGUGAUACGAGUAGGUUUCGAAUCUGGGAACGUUAUCUAUCAUAUGCGUGCGUUUUAACCACUGAGCCACCGGCAUUGGACCAAUAAUACUAAUUUUAACACCACAACCUUAUAAUUAUUAAAGUUUUGUAAUGUGUAUGUGUGAUACAGGCUUGGAUGUGUAUGCAUGUGACACACACAUAACCGCCCAUUGACAGACUUACAACAUGCAAAUAUGUUCAUUUAAACCCUGCAUUCCACCAAGUUGUCUCAUGUGUUAUGUUCUGAGACUGAUUUACAUUGGUUAUACGUUUUGUAUCUGGAAGUAUUUAUAUCGGACUCUCUUGUCCUAUUCCACUGUAGUUUAGAAUAAAUCCUGAGAUCUUCCAACGUA